GUUGUAUUUUGUUACAUUUGACAGAUGUAAAUGCCGAACCCCAAAACACAUGCUCGCACCGAGAGGCAGCGAAAGAGCAACUGUCAACGUUGAGAAAACACGAGAAAUAUGGCGCAUUUGUCUAUCAAUAGAAACUAGCGUGUUAUGCAAUGAACCAACAACUAUAGAACUUUUAAUUCUUUUAAUUUUUUCUUUGCCAUUUCUAUCAAAAUGGAGCGAGUUAUGUGGAUAAAUAAUUUUGUUAAUAGUAGAAAUCGACUUUUAUUCCGUUGUCCGAUUUAUCGAAAAUUCGGAUGUAGUGAACGCAAUAUAAAUACAGUGAAAAAUUAUAACUCAGUGACGAGGCAACCAUUAUUUUUAAAUCACAUCAAUUGCCGGCAAAAAAGUUCAGCAGCCGAUGGAAAUAUUCAAAAGUUUAAAUUAAAGCCUGCUGUACGUGACAAAUUUCGCAGAUUUAGAAUGUUAAAAACAAAUGUCACACAAGUAACUGAGUCGUCUUCAUCGCAAGUGCAACAAUCAGUGAAACUGUUAACGGGAGGAAAACUACCGCGAUUCAUGAGUGAACAAAUGCCAGAAGUAAAAACGAGUCUUGAACAACAACUGUUGCGGUUGAAUGAAGAACCAUUGCUUAACAUGCCCGAAAAAUUUCGAAUGGCAUUAGGAACCAAUUCAGAAUUGUUAGAAAAAUUUAGAAAUAGUUUUGAAAGUUUUCUUCGUGCAAACCCAUUGCAGCCAGCAGUUGUAGAAGAAGAAAAAAUAAUAGAAAAAGUCAAACCAUUGCCUAAGACAGACACUGAGCUUCAAAAGGAGUAUGAACCAAUCAAACAAAGAUCGUUAAAUCAAAACUUAAAGUGUUAUAUCAAUGCAUGCAUAAAUUCGGAAUUGACGGAACGUGCCUUUGCCGUGCUAAUGUCUAUUCGGCAAACCAAUCCAUCGCGAAAAUAUAAAUUUAUACUCAACGAUCCCGAAUUGUACAAUGAUUUAAUGACAAAAUAUUCAAAGCUACGUAAAUGGCCGCGUGUGAAUCAUAUCUACAACAUAUUGAUUGCUGAAAAUAUUCCAAUCACACCACAAGUUUAUAUGAAUGUACUGGAUUGCUUGGGCCGAAUGAAUGAUUCGGAAGAAAACUCUAGUCUAAUUAAGAAAUUUAUUGAGAAAGCUGAAGAUCAGGGCAUUUCCUUGAAUGAUAUCAUGGAUAAGUCGAAAUUCAUUCAAGAUCAACGAAAAUAUGUACUGAAAGCCAUUUGGAAGGUUCGUUUUUCAUUCAAGCCCGUUUAUACGCCACCUCAACUGGGUUACACAAACAAAUUGCUCGAUUCGUUGAACGAAGAUAUCGAAAGUAUUGAGGUGAAACCCAAUGAAUUUCUGAAUUCGCAGACAGAACAUCCGAUAUCAAAGCCGAAGAGUGGAUUCACUCCUGAGCAAUUGGGUGCAUACACAGCGGAGCAAAUUUUGAAUGAAACAGAGGGCCAUAUUGACGUAAAAAAUGUCACAAUGAUGGAUUCAUCGAAAUACUUGAAUGAAAGAGUGAAAUUGCAUCGUGAAAUCUUGGAAAAAAUGACCAAACAGUGGCAAGUCGAUAUUGCCAAUGCCAUUCGAAAGAAACUGAAUACUUUACAGCAUAAAAUGAAUACCAAAUCCACAAAAUCAAUUAACAUUUACCCGUACCUGCGUCUAUUAACGCCUGAACAAUACACGGAAAUUUUGAUCGAUGAACUAAAAUCAUUGGCACUAAGUUGUGAAUUGUAUUCGCCGACUGUUGUUCAUAUCUAUGGCGGAUUAGGUGAAAAGGUGAUGCACAAGUAUCAGAUGAAAUUCCGUGAGCAAAAUGGUGUCAAUGAAAAAAUAAGGAAACUGCACAAAACGUACCGAGAAAUUUUGUGCUCUGGAAUAUGCUCUGAUAACCCCCGCCAAUUAUGGCAACGGAUCAUUCAUCAUUCGCGCCACACAGGACCAUGCAUCUUCCAAAAACACAUUAAUUGGCCGUGGGGAGUGCGUUGUGACAUUGGACGUAAUCUGUUCAAAAUUUUACUGGAAAAUAUUAAAAUUGACGCAAACCUUCUGGAUCCGAAAAGCAGCCAAGUCAACUUAGCACCCGUUGUAUAUUCACUCUUCCGAAACCGAGAUCUUGUGUCACGCGAAGAAAUUCGGCCACAUCCAGUUUUCACACAGCUGUUGCGUGAGUCAAAACAAGAGAUCAUAAAAUUCAAAACGAACGAAGUGCCAAUGUUGUGCCCGCCAAUGCCAUGGACAUCAGCAGAAAGUGGUGGCUACUUGCACCUACACACGAUUUUACUGCGAUUGCCACCUCAGUACACAUAUCAAAAUGACCUAGUGAGUCAAGCACCACCAGAACAAUUGUACCCACCAUUGGAUGCUUGCAAUCAACUGGGCAGCAUACCAUGGCGUGUGAAUACGAAAAUUCUGGAUUUGGCAAUAAAAAUCUUUAAUCUUGGCGGAGAUAGAAAACUCGAUGUUCCUUUGACACCAGAUGACAUGCUCACCGAUGAUCAUCUUCGAUAUCGUGGUGUAACGAGAGCACAAAUCGAACGACAGCGAAAUGUAAACGAUGAGAAAUACCGACAAAAACAAAAUGAAUUGAUGAGCAUGUACUCGGAUACGCUUUAUAAACUCUCGUUGGCCAAUCACUUCCGAGAUCGAGCAUUUUGGCUGCCAACAAACAUGGACUUUAGAGGAAGAAGCUAUCCAGUACCUCCCCAUUUAACACAUUUGAGCGCGGAUCUAACACGUUCAAUGCUGUGCUUCCAUCAAAAACUACCACUGGGUGAAUCUGGAUUAGACUGGCUAAAACUGCACUGCAUCAAUUUGACUGGUUUGAAGAAACGAGAAUCGAUUCAGGAUCGAUUGGCGUAUGCAAAUGAAAUCAUUGACGACAUUUUGGAUUCAGCUGAUAAUCCGUUGGAUGGGCACCAGUGGUGGUUACAAUCUGAUGAACCUUGGCAAACAUUGGCUGCUUGUAUGGAAAUUGCUAAUGCGAUGCGUUCACCAAAUCCAGCAGAGUUCAUGAGUGGCUUCCCAAUUCAUCAAGAUGGUUCUUGUAAUGGGUUGCAACAUUAUGCUGCGCUGGGUCGUGAUAUUGACGGUGCAGCUAGUGUGAAUCUCUCACCAUCCCGAGUACCACAAGAUGUGUAUUCGACCAUUGCCGCCCGAGUGGAGGAGCUUCGAAAGAUAGACGCUAGCAAUGGUGUGCAAGUGGCUGCCGACUUGGAAGGAUUAAUCAAGCGGAAGAUUGUCAAACAAACCGUCAUGACCACCGUAUACGGUGUAACAGCCUACGGAGCCCGAUUGCAAAUCAAAAAACAAUUGAAAAACAUUGAUUUUUCAUCAGAAUCAUUGGGACAAGCGUCCGCUUAUUUAACACGAAAAACAUUCGAUAGCUUAUCAGAGAUGUUUACAUCCGCUCGAGAAAUCCAAGAUUGGCUUACGAUAGCUGCUCAAUACAUCUCAAGUAAAUACCGAUCGAAACACGUGGAAUGGACCACACCGCUUGGUUUACCAGUCAUUCAACCAUAUACACGAGAUUCUAAACUACUAUCAAACGCAACGAUCAAAACGCUUUACAAUGAAAAAGGUGUGAAUCGACUCAAAGAGAAAAAUGCUUUUUCGCCCAAUUUCAUUCACUCCCUCGAUUCAUGCCAUAUGAUGUUGACAUCGUUGAAUUGCGAAAAGGUCGGCACAACAUUUGUUUCAGUUCACGAUUGCUUCUGGACACAUCCAAGCACCGUGUCAGUCAUGAAUCGCAUAUGUCGCGAACAAUUCAUCCUACUACACUCGCAACCCAUUCUCGAAGAUUUGGCUGAAAGCUUCUACCAGAAAUAUGAAAUCGAAUUCCGAGAUAAAUAUCCCGAAGUAAAUAUUCUGAAAAAGAAAAAGAAGAAGACCACCACCACCACCACCACCACCGGCACAGCUACGGAAAAUAUUGAUCUUCGGGGUGUUCCGAAAAAUGAGCAUAUUUUCAUGAAACUUCCGAAAAAGGGCAACUUUAAAUUGAAGAGCGUUCUAGACUCCAUUUACUUUUUCAGUUAAAACGAUUGAAAAUUGUUACCAAAAAACCCGACUGUUACAAUGUGAUAUUAAAUGAAUGCAAAAUAUUAAGCAAUAUUAUUAA